CCUUGAGCCGGCUGACGCUCACCCUUUAGGAGGGCACGACAAGCCUACGGUUAAAGGUGGACAUUGUUUGUGUGGGGGGCAGUCGUGUGCACCAUGCUCUGGUCAUAUGAUACUCUUGAAUCGGUCUGAGGUGAGUACCCUCAGAUGGACACCGUGACAAACUCUAGGAUUUAUAUGAGGAUCACCAGGACAAACAAGAACAUAACCAGGACACACUGGCGCUGAAAUCCAGAGUGCUUGCGAUGGAGGAGACGUUUCGGACCAGCAUGGCACCCCCAUUGCCUGGAGGCCAAGCCACACUGGAGACGGUAGACAUAGUGGUACUGGUGCUCUACUUUGUGUUGGUGAUGGCCGUAGGACUUUGGUCCAUGUGGAGGACCAAACGCAGUACAGUGGAUGGGUACUUCCUCGCAGGGAAGAACAUGACAUGGUUGCCUGUCGGUGCGUCUCUGUUCGCUAGCAACGUCGGCAGUGGCCACUUCAUAGGGCUAGCUGGCUCUGGGGCCGCGGCUGGCAUUGCUGCCAUCGCGUACGAGUGGAGCGGCAUGCUGAUGGUGUUGCUGCUGGGAUGGCUCUUUCUGCCCAUAUAUAUCUCAUCUGGGGUUACAACCAUGCCAGAAUAUCUGCAGAAGAGAUUCGGUGGCAAGAGAAUACAGUUAUUCAUAUCCAUCUUAUAUUUAUUCAUUUAUAUCUUCACUAAGAUAUCAGUGGACAUGUAUGCCGGGGCAGUGUUCAUCCAGAGGGCACUGCAGUGGAACCUCUACUUAGCUGUGGGGGUGCUGCUGUGCAUCACUGCUGUCUACACUAUAGCAGGUGGUCUGGCUGCUGUUAUCUACACUGAUGCUGUACAGACAUGCAUCAUGCUGGCCGGGGCUUUGACCCUCAUGGUUUUCAGUUUUGCCGAGGUGGGUGGAUGGGAAGCGCUCCUGCAGGGCUACCACAAUGCCAUCCCCUCGGUCAGGGUCGCCAACUCUACCUGUGGUCUCCCCCGCGACGAUGCCUUCCACCUCUUCAGGGACCCGUUGACCUCUGACCUGCCCUGGCCGGGCAUCUUCAUCGGCAUGUCCAUCCCGUCUAUGUGGUACUGGUGCUCGGAUCAGGUGAUUGUUCAGCGCUCCUUGGCUGCUAAGACCCUGAGCCACGCUAAGGGAGGUUCCCUGCUGGCGGCCUACCUGAAGAUCCUCCCCUUCUUCAUCAUGCUGCUGCCUGGCAUGAUCAGCAGGAUCCUGUAUCCUGAUGAGGUUGCGUGUGGAGACCCUGAGGUGUGCACCAAGGUGUGUGGCAACCCAGUGGGAUGCUCAGACAUAGCAUACCCCAAGCUGGUCAUGGACCUCCUGCCCUCAGGCCUGCGGGGGCUGAUGAUGGCUGUGAUGAUCGCGGCGCUCAUGUCCUCGUUGACGUCCAUCUUCAACAGCUCCAGCACCAUUUUCACCAUGGACCUGUGGCGCUACUCGCGGCCGCGGGCCUCUGAGUGGGAGCUCAUGAUCGUGGGCAGGGUGUUUGUGCUGGUGCUGGUGGUGCUGUCGGUGCUCUGGAUCCCGGUGGUGCAGGCCAGCCAGGGAGGGCAGCUCUUCAUCUACAUCCAGUCCAUCAGCACCUACCUGCAGCCCCCCGUCGCCAUCGUCUUCAUCCUGGGCUGCUUCUGGAAGAGGACCAAUGAGAAGGGGGCUUUCUGGGGCCUAGCGGUGGGCCUGCUGGUGGGCUGUGUGCGCAUGGUGCUGGACUUUGUGUACCCCAGCCCUCUGUGCUCCCAGGAGGACAGCCGGCCGGCGGUGGUGAAGGACGUCCACUACCUCUACUUCUCCACCAUGCUCUCCUUCCUCACCCUGGUGCUGGUGGUCUCCAUCAGCUUAGCCACGGAGAAGCCCCGCCCAGAACAGGUGAGCCGUCUCACCUGGUUCACCAGAUACGACCAGGUGAAAACGCGCCCGGGAGAGCAGGUAUUCACGGUGGAGGCGGGUAUGGAGACACGGGAGGAGAUGGAGGUCGACCCCAGGGAGGAGCAUCCCGUAGAGACGGACCCUCCGCAGGGCAACGGAGUGACACAUGAGAGGAAAGACUCUGCGUCCUCCUCUGUGACCAGCGUCCCGAGUCAGUCGCGGCUGUCGUCCGCCCUCUACUGGCUGUGUGGCAUGGAGAGGAGGACGCCGGGGGAGACUGCCCCGCCCGCUCCAGUUCCUCCUCUGUCCCAGGACCCCGCCCGCCUCCUGCAGGAGGAGCCGUGCAUGCGGCAUGCCGUCAACUUCAACCUCAUCGUUUGCAUGUCGGUGACCGUCUUCUUCAUUGGCUACUGGGCCUGAACAGAAGACGCUGAACAACCAAUCAUCAGACCGGUCAAAUUUUUUGAUGGACACUGGGGUUCAUCAUCAAUUAGUGUAUGAGAGUGGUUGGCUUUUUCUGCUCCCCCCUUGUUUAAUUUAUUAAUAAAGGGGGUGGCCAUUCAUUAAUUUCAGUCAUUAUUUAUUAACAGGGUUUUGUAUGUAAAAUGACGGGCUGACUCAUUUUUGGGAGUCACUGUGUCUGUAAAUGUGUCCAAUUCUAUUGAGAUCUAGAUUUUAAAUUGCUUCAUGUUUCCUGUGAAUAACUGUUGUCUUUCGCCUUAAAGUCGCAAUGUGUAACAUUUCAACUAGCUCAUGGAAAAAAAUAACCUGGACAUAUCUGAAAUCAAUGUUGAACAGUGAUUUCAAUAUAAAUGUCAUCCUACAACUGGUAUAUAAAAAAAAUAUAUAUAUGCUGCUAAGCCCGAACCUCAACUUUUUUAUUAUCCAUACUAUAGACACUCCCCAAACCCCUCCCACUCCCACCACACAGUUGCACAGCCAGGUAGACUGAACGCAACACUUUGUAUUUUAAAUUCUGAAAAUCUCCCGCCUACUAAAUUGGAGGGGCUCAAACAUAGAUAUUGCGACUUCAACUUAUUCAUGUCUUGAAAAUGAAAAAAUAUUAUGUAUUUCACUACUCCUGGACAAAAUGAAAAGUAACAUCCCUGAAACCUGAUAUUUGCCUUGCCUUUCAGCAGCAUGAACUCUCCAUAAUAAAUAUGAUUUUUUAAAUACA